CCCCCGGUCAGGGCGAGGGGCCGAGGACGUAGUGGCGACGGAAUUCCCUCGGUGCUGAGGGGGCUGCGCGGGCCUGGGGAUCCCGCCAGGCGCUUUGCGGGCGAUGCAGGGAACCGCAGCCCCUCACGGAGGUAAGGGGUCUCUGCUGGACCCUCUGUGUUGGGGGACGCCACAGCUUCCCGCCACGAAGCUUCGUUAAUGUUUUAUUGCCCGGCACUCAACGAGCGGCCAUAAACGCUGGCCCGGCCCCCGGCACCGCCUACCGGGAGGCGGGCAGACCCCACUCGGCCGGCGGGAGCGGAGGCUGGGACCUCUGCACCCGGCAUGUGGCGGGGAUGGCUGCGUCCUCCCGUGGGCCGCCGCCUGCCAUCGAGUUCCCUCAGGAGAGCCCGGAGCCGCGCUUUGACGAGUCUGAUGUGCCAGAGGAGCUGAGAGUUGCAAAUGGGUCUCAAAAGUUUGUGAAUUUCACUUCAACCAUCCAAAACCAGCUGCUGCUUGCGUCACUGCUGGAGCAUCUCUGCCAUAUGUACACACACAACCCUGUUCAUUCAAGGUGUUUGUUCCGAAUUCUUCGUCAGGCUUUCACAAGAACAGGGUUGCUCUCCCCUUUUGCCUUCUGUGAUGAAUUUAGUACUGUAAGACUGCAGCACAAUAGAGCCAUUACUGAACUAAUGAAAGCAGCUAAUCGACAAAUACUUAACGGGGAACUUGCUAAUGGAGAUUCUCAUGCAAUUGGGGAAAAAGAAGUUCUCUUUGAAGCCCAGACUUCACGAUACUUGAAUGAGUUUGAUGAGAUUGCAAGGCUAGGAAAAGGAGGAUAUGGUAAAGUAUACAAGGUCAGAAACAAGUUAGAUGGUCAGUUCUAUGCUAUUAAAAAAAUUAACAUUAAGAAGGCUACAAGAAGAGAUUGCAUGAAGGUGCUACGAGAAGUUAAAGUGCUGGCUGGGCUGCAGCAUCCUAACGUUGUAGGUUAUCACACUGCUUGGAUGGAGCAAGUUCAGAUAGCACGCCCAAAAGAUAAAACAAUAAUGGAGUUGCAGCCAUUAUCUUUGGAGCAAGAGAGUAACAAGGAUUACUGUCACAUUGAGAGUGUGGAGAGUGACAGUUCAGUCAUCUUUGCUGACCUUACUUCACAAGAGAGGAAGUCCUGUGAUAGUACCAGUCUUGGAAACCCGGGCUGUGAAUCAGUGCAGAACAUGGAUAUAAGGAGUGAUUUUACGAACAGCAAUAGUAAGGAGUGUAUGAAACCAAAUAAAUGUGAAUUAUCCAAAGAAUUACAAGAAGAAUCUGUAAGUAGUGUUAGCAGUAAAUCAAAUGAUGUGAAAAAUAAUUCAGCAUGGGGACCUUGUUCUAGCCUGGAUCAAGAUGCUAGCACUGAAAGUAAGUCCUGCACUGAAGAAUGCUCCAAGAAUGACGUAGCUCUCUGUGGAGAGUUUGAGGUGGAGUAUUCUUUGAUGCUUCAUAUACAAAUGCAACUGUGUGAAAUAUCCCUGUGGGACUGGAUUGUUGACCGUAAUAAAAGAUGCACUGAGAGAACAGAGGAAACAUCCAGUCCAUACCAUCUUGUGGAUGUCCACUGGACAAUGAAAAUUUUUCAGGAGUUAUUAGAAGGAGUGUGCUACAUCCACAGCAUGGGAGUGAUGCAUCGAGACAUUAAGCCCAGAAAUAUCUUUCUAUAUGGAUUGGAUCGUCAUGUAAAAAUAGGAGACUUUGGAUUAGCCUGCAAAGACCUUCUUUUGGAUGAUACAGAGCAGUGGUUUAGGACAGAAAGGAUAAAAGGAUUGACCCACACCUCAGGAGUUGGGACUUGCCUCUAUGCCUCACCAGAACAGUUGCAGGGAUCUCACUAUGAUUUCAAGUCAGACAUGUACAGCAUGGGUGUUAUCCUGCUAGAACUAUUCCAGCCAUUUGGAACAGAAAUGGAAAGAACAGAAGUCCUUACACAUUUAAGGAGGGGCCAGAUUCCUCAGAGUUUCUACAAAAAAUGGCCUAUUCAAGCCAAGUAUGUUAAACUCCUCAUCAGUCAGAGAUCUACAGAAAGACCAACUGCUGCUCAGCUCCGGGAAAGUGAACUGUUUCAUACCACAGAACAUGUUAUUUCUAACCUACAACAGAAGGUGAGACAGCAAGAGGAAGAAAUAGAAAAACUGAGAGAGAGAAUAAAGCUCCUUUCUGAAGAACAAGAUACAAAUAUGAAACUAGGUUCUCCCGUUUGAGUACAGGAAGAACUAACCUCUAUUAUAUGCUAAGUUAUAUAAAAAAUGUUUCCCUUUUUUCACAUAAAAAUAUUUCAAUGCAUUUUCA